AUGUUCCUCCGCAAGACCCUUGCUUCGCUCGCAGCAUCUGCGGCUUUUACAGCAUCUGCAGGUGCCACUUCCAACACCUCCGCACUGAACUCCAACCACUCGUGCCACGCCUCCGCCAUUGAGCUACUCUCGCCGCAUGUAACUAUCCUCAACAUAACGGCAGAAAAGGUGGAAAAUUAUCCUGUCCCGCAAGGAGUUUACUACGACAGCUUUGUUUCGACACCUCCCGCCUCUACCAAUGUCAGCUUCUGCAACGUCACCGUUACAUACACGCACCCUGACUGGGAUGACACCAUCCAUGUCUUUAUUGGUCUGCCGCUGCACGGUUGGAACCGCAAGUUUCUCGCCCUCGGAGGCGGCGGUUUUGCGACCAAUGUUCCCCUUGACAUCUUGCCCGUGAUGGCCUCUUUAGGUUAUGCCUCUGCAGCGACCGAUGGCGGCCACUUUGGGCAGGAUAUCAGCUGGGCACUCAAGGGCAAUGGCAGCCUUGUCAACUAUCCGCUUCUCGUCGACUUUGCUUCAGAGGCGCUCAAAGACAUGACGGUGCUCGGGCGGCAGUUCACCGAGUCAUAUUAUGAGCAGCCCGCCGAGCGCACGUACUGGGUUGGGUGCUCGACAGGCGGGCGCCAGGGCAUGAUGAUGGCGCAAAGGUACUCGUAUCUGUUUGACGGUAUUUUGGCCAAUGCACCUGCCAUCAAUUGGAACGACCUUAUUAUCGGCAUGCAAUGGCCUUCCGUUUCCAUGCAUGAGACAGGGACGGCCCUUGCUCCCUGUGUCUUGGACGCAUUUACGAAGGCUUCAAUUGCCGCGUGCGACAGUAUCGACGGCCUUGAAGAUGGUGUCAUCAGCCUCCCGGGCUCAUGCGAGUUUGAUCCCUACUCGCAGGUUGGGAAAUAUGCCAGCUGUGCCGGCGAAAGCAUCCAAUUGACUGAUAAGCACGCUUUCAUCAUCAAGCAGAUUUUCAACGGUCCGACAACACCCAGCGGUAGACAGCUCUUUGUGGGCUCGGAGGUUGGCACCAAUCUCUCAGCAGCAGUAAGCACGACUUGCACCCAGAACAACACAAACUGCACGGCAGAUGGUGUCAUCUAUUCCAACCAGUGGAUUCCAAAGUUCGUCGUGAAGAACUACGGCUUCAACCCGCUCACCAUCACGUGCAAGCAAUUUUACCGGUUCUUUUCGCAGUCCAAGCAGGAAUACGAUUGGAUCAUUGGAACGGGCGACGCCAACCUUCAGCAUCUGCGAAGCACGGAUACCAAGCUUCUCUCCUUUCAUGGGUUCGCAGACGAAGUGAUUCCUCCUAAGAACACCGUCCAGUAUUACCACAAGGCAAUUUCAUUCGAUGCCAAUGUCACGGAUUAUUAUCGGCUUUUCCUUGCCCCUGGCGUCAUGCAUUGCGGAGGAGGCUUGGGGCCGAAUCCGACGGCGAUGCUCAACGUCUUGGAGGGCUGGGUAGAGCACGGGAAAGCGCCGACGGAGCUGGAUGCUGUCGCAACUGCCGCUAAUGGUACCACAGGCCAUCGUUCGGUCUGCAUGUAUCCCGCUUCUUCAAAAUAUACGGGCGGCGAUCCGACCGUGGCAUCGUCCUUUACUUGCAGUUAG